AUGGGAUGUGGCUUUAGCAGUUCAUCAUCGGGGGUAUUUGGAGACCCAACAAGUCCGGAGUUUCGUACAAAUUUAAAGUCAACGGAAACAGUGAUUGGAGCAUUUACGAGACUUGACGAGCAUAUUUUAACACUUGAAAACUUAUCGCCUGGUUCGCGAUUAACUACAGCGGAAGCGUGGGUGGAACAUUUGGAAAAAUUACAACUCACCGUUGACGAUACAAUUACUGAUCGUCAACAACUUGAUGUUAUUUCGGAAUUAGAUGAAACGAUUUUAGAAGAUGAAAAGGAUUUGUUGACUGAAGUAGAUCAAGAAAGAAAUGACAUCAUGAAGCUUGCGAUCAAACUUCAAGUUGCGAACGAUGUUAAAAAAGCUUUAGAACAUGAAGAAUUCUUGGGAAGAAUUAGUCGUGGCGUGAUGGAAUUACAUUCAGAGAAAUUAAGAUUAGAUAUGAUCGAACAUGGAAGGAAACGAAUAGAAACGCUUAUAGAAUCUUUUAAUCAACUUCGUGAACUUUACCUCGAACAAGAUAAUUUAAUUGCAUCCAUUUCUGGUGGAACUUAUAACUCAUCGCUCGAGCAGGAACUCGACAUGGAGUUAGAGACUGCCAGAGAAAUUCGUGAUCGACUAUCGGGUGUCGCUGAACAAUGGCGAACUUCCAGUAAUUUGCUUCGUGCUGCUGCGAAAGCCGCACUUCAAGCUUUUGAAUUUUGGUCUCUUGUUGAAGCAUCGGAUACUGCUUCAGAGAGAGUUCAGCUUGCGCUUGAUACACGUGACGCAUGUCAAAGUUCUCUCACUGCUUUAAGUUGCGCUCAACAAGCUCUUCCACAAGUCGAGAUUCCCUUUGUUACUUUGAGGCAAUCGAGUGCAGUUAAACAUGCGCUUAUAUACAUCCUUACUGAUAUGGCAAAUGAGAAACGAUAUAGUCAUACCAAAACUGUGAUGGAAAGCUUUCACACAAGUGCAACAAAAGCUGUCGAGUGGAUUCACGCUACGUAUAAGAAAACACUCGAUGGAGACUUAACAGCCCAAAUUGACAACAUCAAAGUUUUAACUUUUAGAUUACGUAAAGAAAGAAUCAAACAUUACAAAAAUAUUGUGGGCAAUAAAGUUUAUAUUCGACCACAAAUCAAGCCUUGAACAUAAAUUUUUCACAUAAAAAUGUAUGCGAAAUUCUUCACAAUUUUUAUGAAUAAAAAAGUUAAUGAAA